AUGACGUCAGGGCAUCGUCUUAUGUGCCAGCGCUUAGCCCCCGACAGCCCCAGCCAAUUUAACCCCUGGGGGCUUAAGUUCUCACGUCACACCACAGAGACAGAAAACUCCUUCAGGACCCUCGCGUCCUCACCUCACCACGGCAACGACGAUCACCACAACCAGCAAACCCCCCAGGCAGAGCCUCCCUCCCGUCUCCCAGUGCCGUUCCAGAGCCCAGUCCCCCGCCUCCCCUCUCAAUGCCCGUCCCCGGAGCCCAGCCCUCCCCCCUCUCCCCCAAAAUGCCCCUCUCCACAACGAAGACCUACACAACGUCUGGACCCUCGUCUCCUUGGCCGCCCCCCCCUCCCCUCCUGCUCCCGGCCAGCGGAGCCUAAUGACCUCAACCAGUUUAACAGCAACCACAGAUGUGCUAACGUGGAGCCGGUCGCCCACCUCCACUCCAGGGAAUCUGCAGGGCCGUAUAAGGACAGAGAAAAGACACCUCAGGGAAAGGAAAAGAAGAAUGAAGAGCCAUUUAUUUCUGCAUCCAUCCAGCCAUCUGUACCUCCAGCGCCAGAGAGGAGGAGGAGGAGCCCGUCACCACCCUCAACUCAGCCGGAUGGAGAAGGGGAGGUGAAGGAAGAUGUUUCAGAGGAGGUAGAAAUAGUUAAUAUUCUCAAGAAGCGAGUGAAAGAAGACCAGGAGGAGGAGGUGGAAUUUAUGGAUGGGGAAGUGAAGGACCUUGUAGAUGGCUCUUUGUUUUCUCCACCCGUCUCCGUACCUCCUACUUGUCUUGGCAACGUCGUUGACAAACACCUGGACGACUUCUCCUCUGAGAUGCAGCUCCUCCUGCAGAAGCAGAGCAUUCAUUACAGCCUCCCACAUUCCCCACAUUCCACCUCCAACACAGAAACCUCCGCACCUCAACACACACUCCCAUGCGCCCCAAUAUCUCAGUUUUCACAGUAUGUUUCUUUCUACAACCCCUGCCCCCCAGUACAGGACUACGUUAGCUCACUAAUGCACAGCAUCAACAGCAUGCUAACGGAGUUUGAAGACACCUGCCCGAGCCACAAACCCGGCAGCAGCAGGACUAAUGUUGAUCACGCACUAGCAAGCAGAGUUAGUGAGUUUGUGUCCAGCAUCAGAGCAUCUAAAGCUCCAACGAGUGGAGAAGAUGACGGUAUCUUUGGUGAACUGACAGCCGCUGACAUCAGUACCAACCCUGCACUCUCCAGAGGAAGUGAUCCGUGGGAGCAGCACACAAUCCCUAAGCAUGUUCCCGAUGCUACAGGCAACAUCAGUCCCAUGUUGUUGUCUCACGUCUCUUUAUCUGUUACUACCUCUCCGUCGGAUUCUGCCUACAAGCCGGCUAACACUUCUGUCCUCAUUCCUGCUCCCAACAAGCCCCCACACUCCCACUGGAAACAGCAGAGUUUAGAGAUCAAUAGAACUCAUAACAUCAGACAAACAAAAGAGGACUGGACUGAGCACUGUAGUGGUGAGAUGGGGGGGAGUAGUCUUGCAGGUACAAAAUACGAGGGGAGUUUGCCAGGGUUCAGCUCUGUCUCUGAGCCAGUCUCUGCCUCCGUCCCCGGCGCCACCACCACCCCCCCGACCUCAGCACUGAGCUCCCUGAUCAGCCAGCUGAAGCCGGAAGUUUUUAACAGUCUGGUGAAGAUCAUCAAAGAAGUGAAGAGAAACACCCUACAGUUCUACCUCCACAGCAUCGAGCCGGGGGACCAGAUCCAUCAAGAGGUUAAGGCAAACCUGUUGAAGCAGGGGAAUGCGGAGCAGAGUCCGAUGGCUUUUCUGAACCAAGAGAAUGCUGCAGACAGAUUGCUGGUUGUCAUUCAGAACCAAGACAUAGCUGGACACAUUCACAAGAUCCCAGGUCUAGUGUCUCUGAAGCGUCUAGACUCUGUGGUGUUUGUGGGGAUCGAUACUCUGGACGACAUCAAGAAUAACAGCUACAAUGAGCUUUUUGUUUCUGGAGGAUGCAUCAUUUCCGACGAGUUAAUCCUCAAUCCAGACUUCAUCACUCACGAUCGACUGACGGCACUGCUGAUGCUCCUGGAGCAGAACAGUUCUCCAGAGAGCGUCUGGAGGCUGAAGGUUCACUGUAAAACCCACAAGAAAUUAAAAGAACAAUCCAGAUUCCGGAGAGAUGCAGCCAACCUACUGGACGUACUGUCAGCCUAUCAGAAGCGGCAGAUUGUUGAGUUCCUCCCGUAUCAUAACUGCGACAUGAUGAACCUUCAGUCACCCGACCUGGUCUGUCUGCUGGAGCUCCAGGCCCGAUACACACAGUUCCGACACACAGUCUUCCUUACUGAGCAUAAUUUUGAGAAGUUCCCUGACCACUCAAGUAGUGGCAUCAUCGUGGCCAGUUUUGAAGAAAUCAUAAAAGACUUCGGCAGACUGGUUGGUCACCAUGACAUCAAGAAAAGGCAGCCAAUCAUAGAUGACGUGCUGUCUCCCAAAGAACACAUCCCUUCCCUCUCCUCUCAUGAUCAACCCCAACAUCUCCACCAGCAACCCGACUCCAUCCCCCCUGCUCUAUCUCAUCUGUCAGACCAGCUUGUUCCGGAUGCUUCCUGUAAGGAAGGAGUGCCGCUUCACUCAGAAACAGACUACGAGGUUCUCCGACGAGCCAUCUCACAGUUACGAGCCGAGCGCCAUUUGGCCUCUCAGGCAGAGCUAAGCCUCCACUCCCUGAAGAACUUCCCUUUCAAUGUUGUUCCUACAUGUAGCGGUCCCACCUCCCCUCCUCUACCUCAGAAAGGUCUCACCGAGUCAGUCCAGGUCCCUCAGGACAGAAAAGCAGUGGCAGCCACUUUGGAGUUAAUCCACUCAACAUUAAAGCAGGAGACGAUGGAAGAGGAGAAGAGGCAAGGCGGGGCAGCGACUCUCACUGAGGGACAGAGGAGGGGAGGAGGAGAGGCUGGAGGUCACAGAGAUGAUCCUUCAGUAAGAGUGGUGGGAGCACUGGGAGGAAGCCAACAUCCCAGGAAUACUGACACGUCUACCCCUUCGUCCAAUCAAAGCGAAGCUGUAGUGACGGGACUGAGUUCCCAGACGCACUCAACUGAUGAUGGGAAAGAGAAAGCUGAUCAGCAAGGAGAGCCUUUAUUUCCCGAAGCAGCUACAAGUUCUGCAGCCUCUUCCAGUACCACAGCCUGUCCUGUAGAAGGCGACCGAUCAAGUAGAUACGUGGUUCGGGAACAACCAAUAAGAGGAGAUGCAGCACCAACUGGCACUGCCAGUGUCACCAAGAUCCAGCUACCCCUUCAACGUCUGCAGCAACUGAACAACCUGCCGCUCCAUCUGACUCCACCAUUCCUACAGCCACCACUGCACAGCCAGCAGCAGCAGCAGCAGCAGCAGCAGCAGCAAGGGGGCUUCAGCCUCCUGCAGACCCCCAACCUGCCUCGAUUCUCCAACCAGCCUUUCCUCCCCAUGCCAGGGCCCCUGACUGCACUGAGAGGUGGCCUCCUAGGGCACAUGCCUGCCUGGCCAGCAGGCCUGGGUCCAGGUGGCCUGGGUCCAGGUGCUGCUGCCCUGUACUGGCGCUUCCAACAUGCCAGCAGGGACUUAACGGGCCUUCCACUGCUCGGGGGGUUCCACAAUCCUGAAGUACCGGGCAGCAGCAGGUUCAGGGGGGGUCACAGAGGGGGAGGCUUCAACGGGAUGUAGAGAGACGAUUUGACUGAUGUUACGCUUGUAACGUUCACACACCUGCUCCCUAUCAAAAAUCCAAACACUACCAGUCUGUUAACAGAGGAUAGGGAAAUGCACACCCUGAAUACAGACAGGUGCCAGGCUGAAGAAAGAAGUGACCACACUCUGCAUGCCGCAAGUUUUAUUAUUCAUAAUGCCUGAUCAUGAAAACGUCAUGGUACUGAUCACGGUGUCCAAGAAUCUGGAUGUUUUAGUCACUCAAGUUCAGAAACAUGAUAACAGGAGGAAGGUCGGAAAUACUGACUUGACUUUAUUUAGUAUGCACUUCUGCUUUUAUUUGGUGGAGAUACUACCAGGUAAGGUUGGCAGAAAUCGCUAACACAAACGAACGCGUAGAAUACAAAAAUGUGGUGUUCAGUGACAAAUCACAUGUACUUUAACAGGGAGCAUUGUCUUCAAUUUAAGUAAGUACCUAUCAUACAAAAUCAAAGCAUUACAUUUGAGUUGUUUCUUGCAAGUGUCUGACUUCUCGCAUAAUUCAACGUUUUUCUCUAAUGAUUUUCUUGUAAAUUAACAACUUAACUCUUGGAAAUUCAGAUUUUUUUCUCAGAAUAUGACCGGCCUUCCCAUCUCCAAAAAUAAACUGCAAAAGCACUUAAAAUGUCGUCAUAGAAAGUUGAUUUAAGGCCAGUAAAAAACCCUUGUGACCUAUGCAGAGUGUGGACCAAAAUAAGCGUUUGUUUGUGUUUGACACAAAUCAGCUGCUAUAAAACAGAAUAAAAACCUUUACUACCUUACUGUAACGUUUACCUGUCAGAAAGACACUAAUGGAAAUCCCCUGCAUCUUUACACAUGUGCAGGAGAUAAAAAAAGACAUUACAGGUGAGCAAAUGCCAGUUUUCUAUGCCUUGUUUUUAUUUAAUCUCUGACCUUGAAUGUACAUUUGUAAAAUUCUGCUUUUAAACUGAAUACAUCGUCUCAGAUUUAAUCAGUUUAAAAGCUUCGAGUAAAUAUUCCCCGUUUCUUUUCUGUACUCUGCUCUAAGAAAGGGCAUUUAUUAGAAUGUUAAAAGACUGGCUGUAUCCAAGUUCCCAGCUUUUUGAGCGCACCACCAGCUUGACGAGUUUUCUAUUCCAGCAAACCGACUAAUUCAUCUCUACAAAAGGACGUUUUCUACAGCGAACGAAUAUGACCUGAUUACCUUUUUCUUAUUGCAUCAUGGGAGAUGCACCCUGACUAUAAGAAAUAAUACUUUUUAAGAAGAAAAAACACACCUGUGAAGCACUGAAAUAGGACAGACAUGUCUCCAAGUGGACAUUUUCUUUUGUACCGAAUGUUUUGUUUGUCAUCCUGCAAGCUGUUUGUGUUUAGUUGCUUUUUGUUCAGUAGGAUGGGACUUUGUAACAGACUUGUUUUAACUUUAAAAUAUUUUUUAAAGGUUUUUCUACACAUUUUUUUUGCAUUAAAAGUUGCCUGUGUAAA